AUGCGUCCGUCAGGAAACUGGAGCGGCACCAAGCCAGCGCUCUUUGAACACCCUGAGGGACCGAAUGAGUGGGCAGGCUCUCACCACAUCCAUGAGGGCGACUUCUAUGAGGCAGUCCAGCAGGGGUGUUACAUCUGCUGGACAAUCUACAGAGACUGCAGCACCGAGCUUCGAGAGCAAGCGCGUGCAUUCCGCACCUUCUACCAACUCCGAGCACUGGACGCUGACGGCACACUCCCUCACCUAGAGGAUCAUUACGAGUUAGAAUUUACUACUGAAAUUUUAAAUGGAGAGGCUCCCAUCGCCAAGCAGCAGGUUUUUGACUGCAGCGGCGUUUUCAAAAUCAUUCCUAAAAAUGAGGUAUCUGCAUCGGGGGAGCCUCUCGCUUUAACACCAAAUACAUUUUCAGGAAAAUGUAAAGACCAAGUCCGGCAGUGGCUGGAUAAUUGUCGUGCCGAGCACGUUCGAUGUAAUCAAGACUGGCGCACUGGAUCUGGUUCACCUGUUCGCUUGCUGCACAUCGAUCCGGCCUCCGAAGGCACUUUCCGCUUAGAAACGUUUGCAAACAAAACUCGGCCGCCGAGAUACGUUACGCUGAGCCAUUGCUGGGGGGCUGGAACGGCAGUCACUUUGACCACGGAAAAUCAAGCACGCUUAUCGGCAGAGUGGUCUCCGAUCAAAUCGCUCCCAAAGAGAUUCCAGGAUGCUAUGGAAAUUGCACGUUGGAUGGGAGUCGACUAUAUCUGGAUUGAUGCGUUAUGCAUUAUUCAAGACUCCAGGGACGACUGGCUUGCGGAAAGCACAAAGAUGGGCGACAUCUAUACGAACUCAUUCUGCAAUAUUGCAGCUACGAGCGCAGACCCUAAACAAGGAUGUUUUACCGAACGGCGUGUCUAUAUGGUGGAGCCAUAUCCUCUACCCAAUCCUCAACUACAGGACGGAGAAAAGACGUACGUCAUCGGCUACGAUGAUUUUUGGAGCAACAGCCUUUCCGACACGGCCUUGCACACAAGAGGGUGGGUUCUUCAAGAGCGCUUGUUGAGCCCACGGACCAUCCAUUUCGGGCAGGAGCAGAUAUUCUGGGAAUGCCGGUGUGAAAUGGCCUGCGAAGCAUAUCCUGAUGGCAUCCCCGAGCAGUUUCAUAACCGCAAAAUGCACGCCUGGAGGCAGGCAGACAAAAUUCUCGACCCAGCCUACAAGCGACCAUCGGAAUUGUCAUUGAUCUCGAAAUAUCUGCCACGAAUAGUCUCCAAUUGGCUGACCUCAAGCUCCAAAGCGGAGGAUCACCAUUGGGUCUGGGAGGUGUGGAGCAGGAUCGUCGAGGCGUACAUGGAAUGCAAAUUGAGCUACGGCGAGGACAAACUCGUUGCCAUCUCUGGCAUUGCUCAAAAGGUCGCCGAAGCCACAGAAGAACGAUAUCUCGCCGGGUUGUGGGAUAACGCACUGCUGCCACAGAGUCUACUCUGGUGCGUUCUAGGCCGGAGACAAGCCGAUGGCACUCCAUCAUUGAGGAGUGGUUCAGCAGGAGACGUGGACUAUCGGGCUCCAUCCUGGUCGUGGGCCUCCCUUGAGGCCAAGGUCAUCUGGAACUGGCCUGCAAAGUGUGAAAAGGUCGUCAUUGACAUCCUGAGCACCGAUAUUGAACAACCCAAAGGCAGCAGACUGGCCAAGGUAUCAUCAGCGCAGAUGAAGGUUCGAGGAUAUCUAAUUGAGGCCUCUCUCCAUGUUGCGAAUGGGGAUAUGGACGGAAACCCGGAAGAGGACGGACUAUAUACGUUGGUGCUCAACAGUCAGGACGCCUCCAACGACAUUCAACAAUACUCGAUGGAACCGACCAUCUACCUCGAUACGCCGAUGAUGCCAGAGUCUGAUUCAAUGGAUGUAUUUCUACUUCCGAUCUGCACACAAUGGCAGGGGCGAUCUGGACUGGAGGCCACAACUCUAGCAGGCCUACUGCUGAGAAAAGUGGUAUCGCCCGCGGCCGGGACGAGGUACGAGAGAGUUGGGAUAUUCGGGUUGGAUCACAGCCAGGCGGGCGCGAUUUGUGGCAUUGGCCCUGACGAUGCCCAUCCCAUCGAGAAUGCAUUGGGGAGGAUGAGACGAGAAGACAUUUGCCUCAUCUAA